UUUAAAACGGUUUCUUUGUUCAGACUACCCAAUGACGACGCAUCCAAAAGCUAGGCAGUUAGCAAAUAUUCUUCACAGCCUCAACGUGUGAGGCGCAAGAGGGCGAGCCAGAGCAAACUGGGAACUUGAUGGAAUAUAUUAUAAUGUUAUCUGUACAUAUUUUCCUCUUUUUCUUCCUACUUUAAUUUUUAUUAUAUACCCACUCCAUCUCUCCAUCUCUUCAAAUCAUCCAAUCCUCAACUAUUUCCACCUAUUCAGACCCCACUUCAUCUAUAUCAUCCAACCAACCCUUCCACCUACAGCAGAUAGCUCCAUCGUUACCUAUCUUGGUUGCUUUCGUAAUUAAAAGAAUCAAAGAUUCCAACAAAUCAUAUCAAACUCAAUCAAUCGGUAAUCGAGCGAAAAGCUACUUCCCGUAAGCACAUGUCAUACCCUUACGGUCAGCCGGGCGGCUAUCCCGGCCAGUACAAUCAACCUCCACCCCAGCAAUACGGCCAAUACCCACCACCGCAAGGCCAAUAUCCAUCUCAAUAUCCUCCCCAAGGCCAUUAUCCACCUCCACAAGGCAGCCCGUACCCCCCUCAAGGCCAAUAUCCCCCACAGGGGAGCCCUUAUCCUCCUCAAGGUCAAUAUCCUCCGCCCCAGCAGCCCUACGGAGCGCCGCCGCCGAGUCAUUCCUAUGGACCUCCUUCGGGACCUCCGCCCGGCCAAUAUGGCGCACCACCCCCCCAGCAAGGGUACGGGUAUGGUGCCCCGCCCGCCGGGCCUCCCACUGCCCCUAGUCCAGGGUACGGGCCUCCACAAAUCAUCCAGUGGGACGCUAAUCCCGAUGCGCGGGCGCUCCGAAGUGCCAUGAAGGGUUUCGGCACCGACGAGAAGACCUUGAUCCGGACCCUGGCCUCCAAGGACCCCAUGCAGAUCGAGGCCAUCAAAUCGGCCUAUUUCCGAAGCUUCAGCCGCACCCUCGAGAAGGAUAUAAUAUCGGAGACGAGAGGCUGGUUCGAGACCGGCCUCGUAGCCAUCGUGAGGGGACCGUUACUCCACGAUGUUCACCUCCUUAAUUCCGCCAUGGACGGCCCCGGGACGAAGGAGAAGGUCCUCAAUGACGUUUUGCUGAGCCGGAGCAAUGCGGAUAUGCAUGCUAUCAAGAGCAUGUACCAGCACACGUUCCAUCGAUCGCUCGAGAAUGACAUCAAGGGGGACCUCAGCAUGAAGACGGAGAGGCAUUUCUUGAUAGUGCUAGGAGCGAACAGGGCGGAGGAUAGCGCGCCUGUCAUUCCCCAGGCCGUCGAUCAGGACGUCAUGGAGUUGUACCGUGCCACAGAGGGGAAAGUGGGCACAGACGAGAUGAUGGUGUGCUCGAUUCUGUCCACGCGGAAUGAUAAUCAGAUCCGAGCCAUCAACCACGCCUACGAACAAAAGUUUAGGCGACGGUUGGAAGAUGUCAUCAGAAAGGAAUUCAGUGGACACAUGGAGCAGGCCCUGCUCUACCAGCUACGGAACGCGGUUGAUAAGUACAUGCACGCGGCCUCCCUUCUCGAGGAAGCGAUGGCAGGCAUGGGCACAAAGGAUCACCUGCUCGUAUCUAGAGUGGUACGAUACCACUGGGACAGGCAAACGAUGGCAAAUGUCAGUGGCGCAUACCAGCAGCGGUACCGUAAAAGUCUCGCCAGCCGCAUCAAGGGCGAGACGAGCGGUGAUUACGAGAGGCUCAUGCUUGGCUGUAUUGGCGAGCCAGUAUAGAUAUGUAUCAUAGAUGUGCGUCUGGACGGGAAGGGUCGGUUAUAGUUGACCUUUUGGCGUUUGUCGUCAGUCACAUUAUAGGCCAUUGGGUGUGUAACUUACUCCCGUACAUAAUUUCAACGAUAUCCCCAAGCCAAUACCUUUUUUAUUUUAUUGUGCCGUAGCCUAUCACAUCUCAUAAUCUCGAUAACGGCCCGGGGAGCAUUGGAAUUGUUGUACUGCGUACCUAGUAUGUGGUACAUGCACGGCACAUGUGUUGCCAUCAAGCAGCACUCGUGACCUCUAUAUUUUAUACUACAUAGAUACCUAGGUACCAUGGAGUAUUGGAUGUCAUCAAACAUUGAAAUGGAUAUAGAUAGGUUUUACUUAUUGCUAUCUCUCUAAAUUAUUCGUAUAUAUAACUAUUCCCAAACGCAAAAGCUGUAUAUAAAUACAUCAAUGAUGUAGAAAUAAAACACAAUACCAACCCAAAAUGAUGCAAUCCAGAAACCCUUCAC